AUGGCGGGAUUCUCUGUUCGUCUCCGUCCUCUAGGUUCUGCGGAUGACAGGACGGUAGCCGUCUCUGCAUGCCAUCUCGAGGCCCGGGCGGAGUCGGUCGACAGGAAUCGCCCCACUUUGGCUACCGAGACCACCAUCCCAGUAACCUCGACUCGACCGGACGAUUUGUUGCUCGUCCGUCUUGGCAACGAGGAGGACGUCAUCGGAAGGGUUAAGCGAAACGUGGGUACCCAUGAAAUGCGCAUACAGGUGUACGACACCAACGACGGCAAAACGUUCAUGCCAGUUUGGACGAAUCUGGACGGCGACUCCUAUGCAGCUGUCUCUCCGGUGGAUGAUAAUGACUAUCCCCUGCUCAGGACGACCAGCUCAGUGCUCAUGAGAGUUAUGUUGACCCCUACGGGAAAACUCCGUGAUGCAUCAAGAGCAGCUCUUGUAGCAGCGGGUUAUCUUUCUUGA